AUGGCAGUGGCAAUCAACCGCCUAGAAUCCCAAGUUUAUGAAAAAUUGCCGUCUCAACCUGAAUUGAACCUGAAGAAUGUAAGUGCAAUGACCUUAAGGAGCGGGAAGAAAAUUCAGGGGCCCGAACUCGUGACUCCCAAGGAUAAGGACGAAGAGAAGAUUGAGAAAGAGUUUGAGGCAGAGAAUACAAGCACCAAAAAUCCAGUGGUACUCCCUGACUCGAUCAUAGACGUUAAAACUAAUCCCCUUCCAUUUCCUAGUAGGUUGAAGAAACCGAAGAAGCAAGACAAGGAGAAAGAGAUCCUGAAGGUGUUUCGCAAGGUAGAGAUCAAUAUUCCCCUGCUAGACGCAAUCAAACAAGUGCCGAAGUAUGCUAAGUUUCUAAGGGACCUAUGUGUCAACCGAAAGCGGUUGAGGGGAGACGAAAGGAUCAUUGUUGGGGAGAAUGUGUCAGCAGUUCUACAAAGGAAGCUUCCACCGAAGUGUGGGGAUCCAGGUAGGUUUACUGUCCCAUGUAAGAUAGAUAACACUUUGAUUAGGAAUACCCUGCUGGACUUAGGAGCAUCGAUCAACGUAAUGCCUAAAUCUAUGUAUGCUUCUUUGAAUCCCGGUCCAUUAAAAGAAACUGAGAUAAUAAUCCAAUUAACUGACCGAACAAAUGCAUACCCUAAUGGGUUGGUCGAAGAUAUGCUGGUUAAAGUUAAUGAAUUGGUAUUUCCGGCUGAUUUUUAUGUACUUGACAUGGAUGAUGACCAUUCUCCCGACCCUUCAUCUUUGCUAUUAGGUAGACCCUUUUUAAAUACAGUCCACACAAAAAUUGAUGUUCAUAAGGGCACUUUGUCCAUGGAAUUUGAUGGAGAAAUGGAAUAA